AACUCACCUCCCUGAUCAAUCUCUUAACAACAAAACACCUUCAAUUCAAACAGUACUCCAAUCUGAUCGAUCCUUCUCUUCCUUGUAUAUCUUCGUUAAUUUCAACAUUCAACAAUGAAGAUUAUGAAGGUAAUGUUCUUCAUCAUAGCCAUAGCCAUGGCCGCCGCCAUCACCAUCACCUUCACGGGUGAUAACAAUGAAGAAACAUUAAUGGUGACUACAGAGACACCGUAUGUGAAACCACUUCCGAAAAGGGUAAGUCGUUUUCUAGCUGAGAAGAUCAAUAAUCCUCGAGCUGCAGACCACUGCAAGAAAGACGAUGAGAUUUGUUACAUCUUAGAAGGUAAAAACUCGACUUGUUGCCACAACAAGUGUAUGGAUUUGAGCGAGGAUAAGCACAACUGUGGAGCAUGCAAGAACAAGUGCAAGUUUACGAGCUCCUGUUGCGGAGGGGAGUGUGUGAAUUUGGCUUAUGACAAGCGGCAUUGUGGGUCGUGUAGCAACAAGUGUAUGCCUGGCGGUUAUUGCAUUUACGGGCUUUGCAAUUACGCCUAAUCAUCAAAAUGCAUUAUUAAUUAAUCUUAAUCGUAUGUAACUCAUCAUGUGUUUGAGAGGUUCUUCAUUGCUCGAUC